CGCUUUCGCUCAGCCUGGACUUGCAACGCUGUCGGCCACGUAGGAGCAGUUGACACUCGCAAGUCGAUGAGAGCGGACGUGGGCGGACGCGGCGGCGGUGCAUGCUUCUAAAAACUUGCAACCGUGCAAAAGGUCCAAGAUGAAGGUGAAGGAGAUCAAUCAGAUGGCCAAUGUGGCCUGGUCACCUGCAAGUGUCCAUCCUCUGUAUAUGGCCUGUGGCACAGCGGCUCAGCAACUGGACGCCAGCCUCAACACCAACCCAACUCUUAGUAUCUACAAUGCAAAUUUAGGGCAGGCAAAUCUGGAGACAAAAUUGGUAGUGUCUGUGGAAUCACCAGGAAGAUUUCAUGCGUUAGAUUGGACUGGAGACCAAGGAUCAGGUGUAAUAAUAGGGGGAUGCGACAAUGGGGUUUUGUACGUGCAUGAUGCUAAUAAACUAAUUGCCAAUCAGCCUGACCACCUCCUAGGGUCCACAGAAGGCCAUCACUCGGGACCAAUUUUCUCACUAAGCAGCAACCCAUUGAAGAGCAACUUAGUGGCCACUGGAUCAGUGGACUGCGACUUGCUAAUUUGGGACGUAAACAACCUCUCUAGUCCCAUGACACCUGGCAAGAAGGCAAAUCUGGGAGCUAAUGUCACUUGUGUUCAGUUUAACAGACAAGCAGAACACAUUUUAGCAUCAACCUAUGCAGGGCACUGUGUGAUAUGGGACCUCAAGAAGAGUGCAUCAAUCAUCUCGAUUGUGGAUUCUGUCUCAAGGAUGAAAGCCAAGAGCAUCAGCUGGAACCCUGACGUAGCAACACAGCUCCUGCUGGCAAGUGAUGACGAUGCAACACCCAUGGCCCAAGUGUGGGAUCUGCGCUAUGCUAAUGCUCCUCUCAAGACCCUGGAGGGACAUCAGAGGGGUAUCCUGGCAACAGCUUGGUGUGUUCAAGAUUCCAGUUUGCUUAUGACGGCUGCAAAGGAUAACAAAAUCUUUGUGUGGAAUCCUGAUUGUGGGGAGAGAGGGUCCGAAAUUGUCUGCGAAUUUCCUUCUUAUAACCAGUGGAGUUUCAACUUGGAUUGGUGUAAGCGAGACCCAUCCCUAGUGGCUACGUCCUCUGUGGAUGGAACUGUGAGCGUUUACUCAAUCCUCGGAGGAGGUUUACCCCCGACACAAGCUGAUAAGUUCUCGGCCAUUGCGGAUUCCUUCCCGGGCAUGGAAAUGCCUGCAGUGGUACCCCAGGGAGCAACUCCGCAACCCAUUCAGGUCAAGAACCCACCCAAGUGGUUCCGCAAGCCAUCGGGAGCAAACUUCUCAUUUGGUGGGCGACUAGUAUCUUGGAACAAGCAGAGCAGAGCUGUGGCCAUCUCUCAGGUCAUAACAGAAGAGAAGUUGGUGGAACGAAGCGUCCAGCUAGAGAAUGCGCUCUCUCAGUCCCAGCUGGGCCCAUACUGCCAGGCCAAAGCAGAAGCUGCUGCCAAACCCAGUGAUCAGGUUUUGUGGAAGUUCAUCGGAGCCAAUUUUGAAACGGCCCCGCGUACACACUACAUGAGUUUGCUUGGCUAUAACGGUUCACAAGUCUCAGACAAGGUUCGCCCAUCGGUGCCUACAGCGGAUGGUGUUGCAGCAGAGGUCCUGGCCGACAAGAUGGAAAAUCUCGGCACAAACGAUGGCAGCACCAGCUCACUCGACCCCAGUGAGCAGUUUGAGAUGAUUGCUUCAGCUCAGUCCUUCGACAAGACGCCAGAACUUGAGAAUUUUGUGUCUCAGGAAAUGGAACCAGAGGUGGAGACUAAGCCCUCCAAGGUCGAGCUUAAUGUGGAGGAGACAAGUGGAAGUAAUGAAGGGCUGAUAACCCAAGCGCUUUUGGUCGGGGACUUGGAAUCGGCAGUAGAGCUUUGUGUAAAGGACAAGCAUUUCACCCAUGCACUGACUCUUGCUGCUCAUGCUGGCCAGGAGCUCUAUGCGAAGACCCGUGACAGUGUCUUGAAACAAGUUGAUGGCUCUCUGGCAUCCUUGAUUGGGGCAGUUGUCCGGGGAGAUUUGACCUCGAUAACCACAUCCUGCAGUCUCAGCAAUUGGAAGGAGGCGCUAGUGGCAGCUCUUACAUACUGUGAAGAUGCCCAGUUCACUGCUCUUGCAGAGAAUCUUGGUGAACGUCUAGAGGCAUCCAACAUUGGAGAAUAUGUACCAUCUGCCAUGAUUUGCUAUGUUUGUGCUGGCAGUUUGGAGAAGUUUGUAUCUUGCUGGUCAAAGAUGCAGCCAAACUUGAGCAAUCCUAAUGAAUUGCAGGACCUGGUUGAAAUCAUAAUGGUCCUCCAAAGGUCUCUGGCGGCAGCAGGUCGACCUGUAAACCUAAGCGAAGGGAGCACAGUAAGCUCACUCUUGUGCCAGUAUGCAUCUCUCCUGGCAGCCCAAGGUGCCCUGAACACUGCUGUUUCCUAUCUGAACUCUGCUACGCAGGGUGAGAUGAUUGAAUUGCGUGAUCGCUUGUACCGUGCACUAGGAUACCAGACUGGGAGGACUAACCAGCAAGUGCACAAUGUUGUUCCACAGCCAUCGUUCAGACAGACUCCCACUCCACAAAGCUAUCAGUCUCAGGGAGGGGGCUGGGCUGGGAGCAGUGGCAGUCAGCAGCCAGUGGGCGGUUUUACGACAUACCAACCACCAAGCAUUCAGCCAAGCCAGUUCACUCCAUCAGUCCAAGCACAACAACGCAAUAUAUACGGAGAACCCACUGCACCACCACAGGCUGCACCCGCUCCAGCCAUGUUCACGCCUGCACCUCAUGUGACCCAGCCACCGGUGCCAAAUCCACCAACGUUUGGAGUGCCCCCUCUGGCACCAAUGCAGCCGACCAUGCCUGCUGUGCCCUCUGGCCCACCGCCCAUUCCAGUCGGUCACUCUGGAGGUUUGCGACGAGGAGGCACAAACCGCUAUGUCUCUGACACCUCAUGCUUAAACCAGCCCCCUAGCAUGCAGAAUCAGCCACCCUCUUUCAUGCCUCCUCCUGGAGGACCUGCCCAGGUUCCUCCUAAUCCCUCCCUCCCCUCUGCACCGGCACCUACAGGGCCCCAGUUCUUCACCCCGGCACCCCAGGCUCCAGGGGCUCCCAUGUAUGGAAGUCAGCCACAGAUGCAGCAGCCGCCACCUCCAACAAAGCCUCCAGCGGCCUAUGACUCCUCCGUUCCUCGCGGAUGGAAUGAUCCCCCUCCCCUCUCUGGGUCUCGGAAGCAGUUCAGUGGUGAGCAUAGGCUCGGUGGAGGACACUCGGGUGACAAGAGGCUUCUGUUGCUCCAGCAGGCCAAGCAGCAGCAGCAGCAGCAGCAGCAGCAGCAGCAACAACAGCCCCAGGCAAGUGAGGUCCCAAAGGUACCAGAACCGAUAAUGUGCCCCGUCCCGGGUGCGCCAGAACAGCCACGUCAGUUUAUGGGAUUCCAGCAGUAUGGAGCUGAGGCGAGUGGACCUGCUGUUGGGGCUGCAGCGCCAGUGGCCACUCCUGCAGCACCAGAACCUGCCAGCAAAGGUCCUCUGCCUGCUGAGCACCAGAUCAUUCAGCAUGUCCUCAAUGAAAUCAGGGAACGGUGCAUAGCCGCUUGUCAGAAUCAGCAAGUAAAGCAAAGACUUGAUGAUAUUGGACGUAGAUUGGAGGUUCUUUUUGAUAAGAUUCGAGCUGGACAGCUUGGAUCCUUCACCCUUGGAGGAGUUCACCAGAUUAUAGAGGCAAUGAAAUCCGGUGACUACCAAAGUGCCUUACAAAUCCAUGGUCAAACCGUAGCCAAAGGAAACUUUUCAGAGAUGUCUCAGUUCAUGCCUGCCAUCAAGAUGCUCCUUCAGACUUGUAUGCAGCUUCAAAUAUUCCUCUAGAAAGGUUUUGCUGAAGGGAGAAUAUAAGGUUGUCUUAACUUCCCGGUGAUAUGAGAAGUCAUUUUAUUGCAAGAAAUUUAUGGUAGAUUAUUUAUUGAAAUUUAUGGUGAGAAGAUGGUCAACGUAUUUUUGGCACUUGUCAUAUAAUAACUUUAUUAUUAUUUCUGAUGAAAUAGCAUGGUAUUUUUCUUCCUUUGUGUUUAGACUAAACCUUCAGCUUGGUUAUACAUAUUGAAAAGUGAAAUCAGAAGGUGCUCUUAUGUGUAAGAUCAACAUGUUUUUGUAUUGGUCUGUGUCCAUCUGAGAUUGAUCCUAUGGUAAUGCUAAUCAUGACAUAAUAGGUGUAGGUCGUGAUGCAAUGUAAACUUAAUGGUAAAUAGUAUGUAUGAGAUAUUGUAUUUUUGUUAUAUUAUAGACUAGAAUUAUGCAACAAUAGACUGACAUCGCCAAAAAAAAAAAAUUGAUUUCAGUUUCUAUAUUAUAGGUAAUAGAUGAUAUGGGAAUAUUAAACUUCUAAGUGAUAAAAGCAUCCAUGUUGUAGGCAUUCAACUUUGUCAUGAAGGGUUGACAUUUGCUUUCAGUGGUAAGUUUGAUCAACAUGAAAAGAAACUGGUUAUGCAGAACAAAGAUUAUCUGUAAAAUUUUGUUAAUUAUAGGAAGCAGUAGUGCAUUUUCAUUGUAUUUCAUGUUAUUAAUAAGGGUAAUAUAUCAAUUUAUUUGUUUUGUUUUGUUAUGUGCCAUUUUUACUUUGAAAAAUAUUGUUAUCAAGGCAUGUUAAUGGUCAUUUGUUGUAACACUGAAUUCUACAUAAGCUACAGAUAAAAUGAUAUGAAUUAU